UACCCGACCCGACUGACCCGUCCCGCUGUCCCGAUGACCCGACUUGAUUUAGUCAAGUAUUUUUUUUUCAUUUUUCCGAAAUUCACGGGUCGGGUACCCGACCCAAGAAAAUAGCAUAUUUUUGGGUCGGGUCAUGGGUCGGCUUAUGAGAAAAGCGGGUACCCGCUGACCCGAAUAUAUAUACUGUAUUUUUUUUCAGCAGCUCUUUUCUAGUUUUAGGGUUUAUAUUAUUUUCACUUUUAUUCUCUUUCCUCCUACAAUACAACCGCCACUUUCCUCCUUUUUCUUUAGUUCUCAAUUUCUCACAACUCUAUUAUCUCUCCUUCAUCUUAUUCUUAGAUUAAAGAGUUAUUAUCUCAAAACUCUUUAAUUUCACCUGCUUCUCACAAAUCAAUUACUUGCUUAAUUACUUGAUUGCCAGCAAGAUGUCAUACGAAAAAGUCCUAAACUAAGAAGGAAAUUAAUUGCUUUAUCUCUGUUAUAGUGUUAUCUAUAUAUAGAUCAAGGCAUCAGCGGUGAGCAUUAAAUUGUAAUGAAUUCGUGAGGGUAUACACGACGCAUGCAGUGGUGGUGCUUCCAAGUGCGACUGUGUUUUCAGAAUUCAAAUCUCCUGCUUUGGUUAUAUCAGUUUUGUUUUUGUUUUGUUUUUAUAUAAUUAUAACUGUAUGUUUUUUAUGUGUGAAACAUGUUUGGGAUUUUUGGUUCCUAAAUUAAAGAAUAUACGAAGUAUUUGAUUUUUUUGGGGGAAUCUUGUUGUUGAUUACUCAAAUAGUCGAAUGAGCUUGUUAUGAAUUUUGAGUAUUUGAGUAUAAUUUUCUUUACAAUUAGUUGUCAAAUUCAAUUUAUGUUUGAUUGAGUAAUAGAUCUAAUAAUUGGAGUAAUUAUAGAAAACUUUUUCUUUACAAUUUCAUUUACGGCUUUUUAUGACUAUAAUCUUAAUCCUCAAAGAGAAAAGUGAGUUCGUUUUCAAUUUUAAAAUCGGGUACCCAUUGACCCGAUCCGAGAAAAUCGGGUACCCGAAACCCGAGUACCUGAUUUUCUCGGGUCGGGACAUGGGACGAGUUUCCAACUACCCGAAGAUUCGGGUACCCAGAUGUUCGGGUACCCGGAUUUGAACACCCCUACGCGCAAUGCGCCAUAAAAUGUUAGCUGACGCUGUCAAGGCUAAUCCCCCUGACGUGUCUCUUGUUAGCCCUAUUCCCCAUGUUCAUCCUUUAAACAGUUUUUCUUGGCUUGAUAACAUGGCUGACGUGCAUCGGUUUGACCAUUGUGUAGUGCGAGGUGGCAGCACUAAGACUCCAUCACGGUCUCCUUCUUCAGCUGUUCAAUCGGGCAGGAUGACUGAGUCUCCUAGUAACCGCUCCUAUUAUGAUUGUCAUCCCACUUACGUUGUGGAGCCCGUAGAGGAGGGCAUAAUCGAGUUUUUUCUUGAUGACAAAUGUUAUGGGCCUAAAAAUUGUGUGCAGGAUGCUAAGAGGCUGAACCUGGCUGUUGUUGGGCAGAAAUUCUAUGGUUUUGGGGAGGGUUACGAGCUGGUUCUCCCUGGUGAUGGUGCAAAGCUAUCAGCUCCUCCUGCUGGUCAUAUUACUGUGUUCGCUUCACAGCUGGAUUUGGGCUUGAGGUUCCCUCUGGACCCCACCCUGGAGAAGUUGUUACGUGCCUUCAAUAUCUGCAUAUCUCUGGUGCAUCCUACUUCCCUUCAUACUUUGAUCUGUUUGCUAUGGUUUUUGAGGUUUUGAAGGUAUCUUGAGUCCCUGCAUCUGUUCAAGUCUUUGAUGAGCUUGAAGAGAUCUGCUUCUGGGACUGAGUCAGGUUGGUAUUAUGUUGCUCCUAAGGAGAGCAGGGUCUUGUCCUACCCAAAACUUGGCCGUUUCAGGGACUGGACUGCAAAUUUUUCUGGGUGAAGGUGCCUUAUAAUUUUGCUGCACCGCGCAACUUUAGAGUGAUCCACACUAACAUGGCUGGAGUUGCCGUCUCCCCUUCUGAGCCUGCCUGUGAGGCAGAGGCUUUUGAGGCUCUACAGGGAGCGGGGACUGUUGACUCUAAGUUCCCCAAGAUCAGGUUGCCCAACUCCAUAUAAAUUGUGGGCAACGAGCAGCUCUCUGCUAUGCGUUUGUGCCAUACGCAUGAGUCUGGCUACAACAAGUUGGACAAACGCAUGCUUGGGCUAGCUGAUAAUUGGAAGGACCCUUUGACUGCUACUCCUAAAAAUCCCCCUCAGCUCUUUGACAUGCUGGAGGUGUUUGCGGGCUCUCUGAAGGGUGAAGUGCGUCUGGCUCCUGCUGAGCUGCGGGCUGUUGUUGGCACUACAACUACUGCUGAGCGUGCUGGGUCCAGCUGCGUUGAAGCUGAGCCUUCAUCCUCUACUGUUGGGAGUAGGCGUGAGACACGGCCUGCCCCUCAAAGGGCGGCUUCAGAAUUUGAGGCGUUAGUGGCGCCUGAUGCUUCUCUUGAGAAGCAGUCUAUCGCGGCUUCCAGCCGGGUGGCACCUUAGAUUUCUGCUGCCAAAAGACAAUGUGAUCAAGCUUCUGAUGAUCCAAAAACUACUGCUGUGAUUUUGCUGAUAGUGUUCUCCAGUUUCCCCCUGAGGGGGCUAAGACCACUACUGUGGGUGAAAAACCCAUUUCUUCUGCUGAGCAUGUUCUGCUCUUUCCUUCUACUGUUGAUGAUGCCACUGCUGCGAAGGAUAUUUAUGUCCCUUCUGUUACAGCUACUAACUUCAAGCUCUCUGACGAGACUAUCAUGGAGCUUUCCAGAUUUUCGCCACGUCCCUCCAAGUUGAGGAGGCGGCUUCAAAGCGCUUCAAGAGGUGGGUUCUCCCGGGUAGGGGGUUCUCACUAGCAGGAUCGUCCAGUUAUUGACUUGGAAGAUGAUCCAAUGUCCCCUGCCCCUGCUAGAGAUGAGCCUGAAGCGAAAAAGGCUCGCACCUCUCCUGGUCCUGAUCCUCUUGCAUCUACAUCUGCCAACACUGGGCUUCCAGGUUGGAAUGGUGAUAGGGGAUGGACACUUAGAAUUCCAGUGAACUUAACCGUUGUGUUCACCAAUUCUUGAGUGAUGCUUUUGAGAACCCUCUGUCUGCUACCUCAAUUUCUGCUGGAGGAACUUUCCGCCCUACUGGGCUAAUGAGUUUUCUGAGGUUCCCAUUGAUGUCCAUCUUCUCCCUAUACUCUGUCCAGCUGGAGCUGAGAAUGCUCCCUUUCGGCCCCUGAUGAAUGUGAGGGCUGACGAGUCUUUGUUUGUGGACAACCCUCAAAAGGGUGGUACUUUGAGGUACCGUUUGACUCAAGGAGUUCGUUUGCCCGCUUACUCUACGCACGACUCUGUUAGUCUUCCCGCUGCUACGGCUUAUCAUAACUUGCAGAAGGUUAGUUUCUGCUUCUGCCUUUUCUUCUUUUUUUUAUCUCCUCGUUACUGCCUUGUUUUAUAAUGCUUUUGGCUUAUUUCUACCUUGGUUUACUCCUUUCCUUUUUUGUCUUUUGUGCAGCUUGUCAGGUCUGUUGGAGAUUUAUCCAAUGCCUUGCUGUUAGUGGAGAAGGAGUAUCAGAAUCAAGGCAUUAUUCUUUCUAAGAAGAAUUUGGAGGUCUAGCAGGCUCAGGCUGAGAGGAAUGCUAUGGCCAAUAAGGUGACUCCUCUGAGGGAGAGGGCGGACGCCCUACAGCUCUAGUUGGGAGAAUUUCAGCUCACUCAGACCAAGUUGAAGAGCUGCGAGGAGUAGUUGGGGACCUCUCAGGCCAGGGUGCAGAUGCUGGAGGCAGAGAUUGCAAAUCUACAAGCUGGACACAUAACCGAACUGGAAGCUGCUAGGAAAGAGGCACUCAAAUCUUUUGCGCUCUCCCCUGUUUUUUCUAAGCUAUUGGCUGAUCGCCGUGAUGGUGGAUGGGAGGUUGCGGCUCGGUGCGUUAGCAGCUAGUAUGGUGAAGGUGAGGAGAAGCAGGCUCGUUUCAACGCUUUCUGGGCUAAGGUUGAGACUGCAGGCGAGGCUGGUUUGUUUGAUCUCCCUGAUGAUCACCCCCGUGCUGCCGGCUGCAAGAUUCCCAACCAAGCUGUGUUGAACUUGGAAGUUCUUCUCUACCCUGACGUUGCUGCGGCUAUUGGAGUGGAGUCCUUGGCUGAUGAUCAAUAAAGGUUAUGGCGGCUGUCACCUUCUUACUCUAGUGGUUCCUCUGAGUUUCCCUUACCCAGGAUCUAUUAUAACUUGGUAAUUUUUGUUACUAUCUUUGGGGUGUAUAGUCACCAAAGAUUAUGUUUCCUUGUGUCUUCUUAGAAUACUUUGUUUUUCAUUGUUGGGUCUGCCUAGCUUAACUUGAAUUUGUGUUUUCUUGACCUUACUUGCUCAGUGUUUCCUUGUCUUGGUGGGCGAGGGCUCAGCUUUGUCUAUAUUGUAACUGACCUGCUGAAUGUUUACUCUGCCCUGGUGGGCAGGGGUUCAGCUUUAUAUUG